AGCGAUUACGAAGCCCCGAUUAUUCGCGGCGCAGAAAAGCCAACAGCACAUCUGAGCAACCUGGAGAAGAAACAUCAAGGAAGUGCGUCUUUCAGCGUUUCUUCGAAUAACGCGGUCGUAAAACCGGCAAAAUCGCCGUUCUCCGAGCAGCUCCGAGGUCCGGACUCCGGAAACCGUUCGGGCCGGAGUGGGCCGGAGGAACGGCGUGUUUACUUGGCGAUCACGCACGUCCGAUAUAUAAGCGAUAUAUUUCCGGCGGCGACGGCGGCGUGUGCAGCGCGUGCAGUGCAGCGUGUGUGUCGGAAGGUAAACAAUAGGAUUUGCCGACGACGUGCGACGAAAGGAGGAAAACCGUGAUCGAGCUAGGGUGAGGUUUUUAUUUUCGGCGAGAAGACGUCUUCCCCGAGGACGGCCGUCGACGGAUCGGACGAGCGUGGACGAGCGCGGACGAGCGCGGAGACACGGCGAGCGUCAACGCGAGACGGAACCUAACCUCGUCGUGCCACGCCACGCUGCGCAAGUAUGAGACUGGCCUCGCGGAGGAUCGUGCGAGCGGUGCCGCGAGGAUGAGAGCUGCCGACCGUCUCGUUCCGGGGACGACGACGACGACGACGUGCGAACGCGAGGGACGAGCGCCGUCGAACGAGCGCCGAUUCGCACGUGAUCGGUGUCAGCGCGGCGUGGCUGGCGCGAGCGAGGACGGAAGGAUGUGCGACAAGUAUGUCAUCGGGUACUGGGUGCCCGAGAGGAAGCGGCAGAAGUUCAACUGGACCGAUUUCGAGAACAUAUGCGAGUCCGAGGGGUUUCGGUUGAAAAUGAUCGACGUGAAUCUAAGCUUCGAGAAGCAGGGACCAUUACACGUUUUCCUACACAAGCUGACAGAUAUGCAGUCGCAUGCGGAAAGUGGUGAUAAAAAUGCUGAGGAUAUUGUUUCGCGACUUCAAGAGUACAUUGCCAAGCAUCCAGAUUUGAUCGUUAUCGAUCCUCUGGACAAUAUUAGGAACUUAAGCAAUCGGUGUAAAUCUUACGAAUUUAUACAGGAAGGCUGUCGGUUGAAAGAUAUAUUUACUCCUAAUUUUGUAGAAAUCAAAAGCAGAAUGCUCCAUGAGAUAGCAGCAACAUUAAAAAAGCGUGGCAUUAAAUACCCAUUUGUUUGUAAGCCGCUUAUCGCGUAUGGUUCGAGCGACGCGCACAAGAUGAUGAUUAUCUUCAACGAAAGGGACUUGAAAGACUGUCAACUACCUUGCGUCGCUCAGGAUUUCAUCAAUCAUAACGCUAUUUUAUAUAAGAUAUUCGUUGUGGGCGAUCGUUUCCACGUGGUCGAGCGCCCCAGCUUUAAAAACUUUUACCAAGAAGACUGUAAUUCGUUGAGUACAAUAUUCUUCAACUCGCACGAUAUAUCGAAAAGCUGCAGCAGAUCCAAGUGGUCUAUAUUGUCCGAAGAAGACAUUCCUUUAACUGUAAAGCCAAAUUACCAAAUAUUCGAAACAAUUGUUAAGAAUAUUCGAGAGAUAUUUGGUCUUAUUCUAGUUGGGAUAGAUGUUGUAAUUGAAAAUCACACUGGGAAAUACGCGAUAAUAGAUGUUAAUGUGUUUCCCGGAUACGACGGCUACCCGAAUUUUUUUGAACAUUUAGUAGAUAGUAUUAAGAAGUUGUUGAUAGGGCGAGGUGUUUGCAGACAAAACUCCAAGGGUUGUACGUUGAAAAAGUGUCAGAGUGACGAUCUAGAUUCUGGCUUUGAGAGUGACGAGAAGAGGAAAUGUUCCACAAAAUGAAUAUGUAAUAUGUGAUAGAUAAUGUUAAUUUUAGGCAGAACUAACUAUUAGUAUUAAUCGCGGCGAUAGGAUGAGUAUAACGGCAUUGUUAUUUUGUAUUCGUCUAUACAUUUUUCUAACAAGAUUCGGCUCUCUUUGUUACAACUUCUCGCGGUUUAAUUCUUAUUGGUUAUAAUAAUUGUUUGAUAUUAACAAUAAGUUUUGUAUUACAAUGUGAAUCAUCGCUUGGCGCAUCGCUUGUUUCGUAGACACGUACGAAAUACGAACGAUAAUGUAUUGUUACGCGAAUUCGAAUCUUAUAUUUUGUAAUAAAUCCCAGUACAACAUGACUACGACUGCCAGAGAAGAUAUUUUGUACGUUUUACGUGUAUACAAUUUUGCAUUUCUGCGACGAUGUUAUACAUGCCCGUGAGCUGUUGAAGAUAUUAAGUAUGUAUAUAAUGAAGAGUAUGCGGCGCGGUACAGAAUAUACAAGCGUAGAAACAAUCGGAAUAAUCGCGACAACGUGAAUAGAACAAUUUUAAUAUUUACAGACGAUUAAAUUAGUGGCUAGCUAUCAUUUUUAAUGCUUUUUUUUUUUUAUAAAUAUCAAUCCGGUUAAUAGACAAUAUUACGACAUUCUGUUUAUUACUUUUGUCGCAAUUAUGCCGAUUGAUUCUAAACAUCCCAAACAUUAAUAAUGUACAAGUUAUCUCAUUUUGAGUGUCCAUCUGGAGUAUCAAUUUAUUUUUCGAAUUUCAGAAAAAGAUGUUUCGAAUACAAGUUUUUAUGAUUUUAGAAGGGAAAUAUACCUGGCGAUGGAGUUUUUACAGCGUUCGUUGUAAAAUGGUGCAUAAACUUUUCGUCUUACGCAUCGUGUUUACAUCUCAAAAUUAUGGAACUCUUUAUCUGAAACAUUUUUUUGUCCCAAAUGAGAAACUAGCGAAAUAUUCAAGAUCGGCAUUUAUAUAUAGCGUGGGGCAAUCUGUAUUUAUACAAGUUCAUAAUUCCUGUAAUAUAUAUAUUUUAUUCAGUUACGCUGUAUAAUACGGAGUAUGAUGUCAACCGUUUACUUAUUUAUAUGUACAUAUAUUUUAUAUGAAUAUAAAUUGUACAGAGAAGCAAAACGAUCAUGUAAAUCUGACCCGACGAGGUGAUAAUCUCGAUGAAAAUGAUGGAUUAAAAUACGCAAUAAAAUCUAUAUUUACUUUCAUGAAAAA